AUGGUGGAACAGAAUGAAAUAAAAAUAAAACUUGUGACCGAAUUUGCAAAUAUUCAUAAACAGGCAACAUCUGAGUAUCCUUUCGAUAAUGCACUCUCCAAAGAGUCUACUCAAAUACUUUGUAAUGCGGUUGAAGCAUUGUUCAUUCAUGGCUUAAAGACAGCCUUCUUCCAGAAGAAACCACGAAGUUCAAGGUAUCCUGAGCCGAAUUUUUGGCCAUUUGUUAGCAAAUAUACUCAUAAAGCAGUAUUGGACCAGAUAACUGCAUCGAAUCAAAUAAAGACAGAAAUAGGAAAAUCGCGGGCAUGGGUCAGGAUAUUGCUGAAUGAUAAUACAAUAGAAAAUUAUUUGAACCUGCUGUCGCGGAAUACUGUUACUUUAAGCAAGUUUUACGAGAAAUGGGCUUUUUUGAGAGAUGCGGAACUCAUGAAUGUGCUGUCAGGUUACAUGAAGGGAUUGACAAGACUGAUUGUUCAAGCGCCCGUUAAUAGCUUCUCUCUUAACACUUGGACUCCCACGCCACUGAUACUUUCUGGUUUGAUAGCAGGAGAACCUGCAAGAUUAAAACAGUCAGUAAAAUGUCGUUAUCGUGAUGGUGGUUCGUUAAGCAUGCUCGAGGAUACGGAGCUUGCUGAAAACGCAUUACAGUCUUUAUGCGGCUUUACAGGACUAUCUACUUCUUCGUAUGAAGAAGAUUCCGAUACUGGACGAGAAGCUGAUGUGGCUUCUGUUUAUUCGCAUCCGUCAAUGCUUGAUGGCGAAAACAUUUAUCUCCCAGCUCUGAGUGCAACGAGCAGCACUGUUCUUUCUAAUCCAGUUCCGGAAGAUAGCAUCCUAAGUUGCGAUCCGCAUGAGAUACGAGUAACCAGAGGUACCUAUCGCCGUAUUAGACGUUCAUCUAAGAGUAGCACUGCUGGCAGUUCAGCGAGUUCCAGAAACGAAACCGUAUCAGUUGUGGUUAGCGAGUCACAUGAUGUAGAAAUGGUUGCAAAAGAAGUGGAAAAUUUAGAAGAACCUUACAGCAUUGAUAACAUUAAGCCACGAACAUUAUCCCCAAUCUGCACAAUAAAUAACGAAAAUAGAGAAAGCCGCGACCAGAUUGGAAUUUAUGAGGAGAAAGUGGUAAAUAUGAAAGAACAUGAAUUGUCUGGAUCGAACAAUGAGUUGUCAGUCAGCAGUGAGUUCGCAGUUCACAAAACGGCGGAAACUUCACAAAGUGAUCCCAAAAACUGGAUCGAUUCAUGUGUCACAUCUGAUGUUGAAGCUGAUGAUGUCAAACCAAAGCAUUCUAUGCGAGAUGAGUCAUACAAGCUUCUGUACAAUCUUUGUCCGGUGAUCUCAGUUGAAAAUGAGCAGUCUUUCACUGAAUUAGGAAGCAAAAUUAGAAGCACGUCAAAGAAGUCAUCAGAUGUGGAGCUGGAACGCUCAGUGUCCAUGCAAGAUGAUCUGUAUAUGUCAGAGCAUUUUAAUGAAGGAAAUAGUCUUCUCGGUAAAGGCUGGAUUGUUCAUCAUCGUUGGAAAGUUGAGCCUUCUGAUCGUCGAGCUUCAACAGUUUCUCUAUCGUCUAACACAGGUUCUUCUCGGAAUUUCGAUGUCGAAAUAAAAAAUGUUCUUGAUGGGACUUCGAAUGAGGUGAUGAAUCAAAACCGUUCAGAUAGUGGUAAUCUUAGUGAUGUAGAAGAAUUGUUACAGGAUGCUAAUAAUGGUGAUAAGACGUCAUUCUCUGUAACAGAUCGCCAAGGAGCUGUACUUUUCAAGAAACUAGAAUCAGAAUUUUCCGACAAAAUAUUGAUUGAUGCUUUGACAGUGAUUCCCCAUGAGAAGGGCCUUGAUUCUCAGAACUUUCGUUGCUUUUCGUGCAGAAAAUCAAUUGGUCCAACAUUUGCUUCGUACAGAAAGUGUGGCUUUGAUGAAAAGUACUACUGCGAUGGAUGUUUUAAUAAAGGUGACGAAAGUGUUAUUCCAUCGCGUUUAAUUCGUAACUGGGAUGGACAUCCAAGACCUGUUUGCAGGAGCAACAUGACUUUCAUUGAAAACAUUAGGGAUAAAGCAAUUCUUCGGCUGGAUCAGAUCAAUCCCCAACUCUAUACACACUCGCGUGCUUUAAAUGCCGUGAAGUUUCUGAGGGAAAAAUUGUCGUUGUCAGCAAUGUAUCUGCAGUCAUGUCGGAAGUCAGUCGCUGACGAUUUGGAAAAUCGCGUUUGGCCCAAAGAUUAUCUUUACAAAGAUAUCCAUUUGUAUUCAUUCACAGAUCUGUUAACGGUAUUGUCAGGGUAUAUGGAAAAUCAUUUGAACAAUUUAUUAAAUUUCACCGCAGAACACAUUCGGCAAUGUUUGCUAUGUUCUCAGAAAGGUUUCAUAUGUGAAAUUUGUUCUUCUGCCGAAGUGAUUUAUCCAUUUCAGCUGGAAGUCACAUCGCGAUGUCUGGAAUGUUUUUCGGUAUACCAUAAGAACUGUUUGGAAAAACAGCGGUGUCCAAAAUGUACUCGACAUGAGCGGUACACGCAGCAGCAACCGAAUAUUGGUUCCCAUUAUUUGCUCCUUGAUAUGGACUGA